AUGAGCGACCCGAAUGCGAGCGAGGCGGAGAAGAACAUUGAGAUUUGGAAGGUGAAAAAACUCAUUAAGCGGCUCGAGGCUGCCCGCGGAAAUGGCACCAGCAUGAUCUCCCUGAUUAUCCCGCCGAAGGAUCAGAUCUCCCGUGCGGCGAAGAUGUUGGCAGAAGAAUAUGGCACCGCCUCCAACAUCAAGUCUCGCGUCAACCGUCAGUCCGUGCUUUCGGCCAUUACCUCGACCCAGCAACGCCUCAAGCUAUACAACAAGGUCCCUCCGAACGGUCUGGUUGUGUACUGCGGUGAAAUUCUGACCUCCGAAGGCAAGGAGCGCAAGGUCAACAUCGACUUCGAGCCAUUCAAGCCCAUCAACACGUCGCUGUACCUCUGCGACAACAAAUUCCACACCGAGGCUCUUGCUGAGCUGCUCGAGUCGGACCAGAAGUUUGGUUUUAUCGUCAUGGACGGUAAUGGAGCGCUGUUCGGCACCCUCAGUGGUAACACGCGUGAUGUUGUCCAGAAGUUCUCGGUUGAUCUUCCAAAGAAGCACGGCCGUGGUGGUCAGUCGGCACUGCGUUUCGCCCGUUUGCGAGAGGAAAAGCGUCACAACUACGUCCGCAAGGUGGCCGAAUUGGCCGUGCAGAACUUCAUCACCAACGACAAAGUCAACGUGGCCGGCAUUGUGCUGGCUGGUUCUGCCGACUUCAAGAACGAUCUGAACGCGUCCGAUAUGUUUGACCAGCGCUUGCAGGCCAAAGUCAUCAAGGUCGUCGAUGUGUCGUACGGUGGUGAGAACGGCUUCAACCAGGCCAUUGAGCUCUCUUCCGAGACGCUCGGCAAUGUCAAGUUCAUCCAGGAGAAGAAGCUCAUUGGCAAGUACUUUGAGGAGAUCAGCCAGGACACGGGCCGGGUUUGCUACGGUAUUGAGGACACGCUCAAGGCACUGGAGCUGGGCGCUGUGGAGACGCUCAUUGUUUUUGAGAACCUCGAGGUCACGCGGUGGACGCUGAAGGACAGCAACGGCAGCGAAACUAUCCUGCACACCACCAAGCAGCAGGAGCAGGCCAACCGGGACAAAUUCAUGGACAAGGAGACGGGCCAGGAGAUGGAGGUGGUCUCGCAAGAGUCGUUCCUCGAGUGGAUCGCCGAACAUUACAAGGAUUUUGGCACCACGCUCGAGUUCGUCUCGGACCGUUCGACCGAGGGCAACCAGUUCGUCAAGGGCUUUGGCGGCAUUGGUGGCAUUCUCCGGUACAAGGUCAACUUUGAGCAGUUAGCCGAAGUGGAUGACGAUGAUGACUACUACGACGAUUGA